UUCUGUUAAAGAACAUGCAUCUUUGAAUCAACAUAUAGAUGCAAUAAAACUUGAUACAGCUAAAAAAGCAAGAAAUAAAGAAUCAGUACAAGUUAUACAAAAAAACAAAAAUCACAUAGUUGGAGUUAUAAAAAUCAUAUAUACUCUUAUAAGGCAAGAUAUACCAUUGGCCAAAUUUUCUUAUUUCAUUCAAAUGUUCUGUGAAUUGGAGUCUCCAUUUAUUAUGGAAGGUUCAAUUACUUACGAAAAUGAAGUAUCUAGUCGUGAGUUUGCUUUUGCUAUAUUUAAUAUAAUUAAAGCUGAUAUAUGGAAAGAAAUUAGUGAAGCAGUAUCUUUUGGAAUUAUGAUUGAUAAGAGCACAGAUAUUUCUAUGAACAAGUAUUUAGUUAUUUAUGUAAUAUAUCCAAAUAGCUCGAGUAAUAUCAAGACACAUUUUUUGCAAUUACUUGCACUUAACCAAAGUGAUGUAGCAACAAUAACUGCUAAAUUAAUUUCACUAUUUCAAAAUUAUAUCUUUGCCUCAGAUAGUGCAUCUGUAAUAAUAGGAAACAAAAAUG